AUGAAAAAUGUAACUAGAGUAGGGAAAAUCAUAACGCGAUUCAAAAAAAUUAACCUUAAAAGGCCGAUCUCAACAUCUGUAGUUCCGAAGCCUGAAAGCUCUUGCGAGGCCAAAUUUGAAGAUGAUUUCUGUAACAGCUCACUUAGACUUGCAGAUUUGCCGGUUGAUGUGAUUUUUCACAUUUUGGACAAAUUGCCAUUGAUUGACAAAAACAUUAUUCGACAUGUAAAUCGAAAUCUGCGAAGAAUAAUUGAUUGGCAGCAAUUGAUGUACAAAGAAGUUACAUUCAACAUUGGACCAAUGGCCAGUCAAUUAUAUUUUCCUGGCAAAGAAUAUGAAUCAAAUAUGUAUGAACAGAGGAAAAAUAACUGUGUAAUACUGAUCAGACAUGGAAAUAAAACCUCGAAGCGAAUGAUUCAAAAUAAAGAUCAAAGAGAACUGGCUCUGAGUGAUUUAUUCAGUGUGAUGUCUCGGCAGGGGUUGGAAUUUUUGAAUAUUAGCUUUUCCCAUCAUGAAACUAUUCAAGAACGGGAAAACACUUACCAAAGAAUCAAGCAUUACUUUUCCUUGAUGAAGUGUCCAGGUGUAAAAUCAUUGUCUCUUGGUGGAUUCAAGUUACAAGAAAUUCCCUGCAUUUUGUCUGCUUUAAAAGCAGGAACACUUGAAACUAUCCGCUUAGCUUACCCUAGAAACCUGCGUGAUGUUUUUGAUGUUGUGCGAACGGAACAAUGGAAACUUGCGAAGGAGGUUAUAAUUGAUGGUAGAUGUGAUUUUAAUUCAAUAAUCGAUCAUCUUGCCAACUUUUCUUUUAUCACAAUGGAAUUUUCGUUUCUUACUUUUGAAAAUGUAUUGAAGUUGAUGAACGUUCUUAAUGAUUCUGCAAAUUUUAAGUUUGGAACUUUCUACGGCACGCUUGUCAACAAGGAUUCUUUUAUGGAGAUUUUCGAGUUGGGAUCUAAUUUGAAAAUCGAUUUUACAAAUGAUGAAUACUUCAAUAUUCAAAGAAAAAUAAUUGAAACAAUAAAUAUAUGUUGGUACUGA